AUGUCAACAUACGCAUCAACAACAGCAACACCACUUACUUCAAAACAAUUACCGUCCAUAAUAAACGAGGACGAACAACAAUGUUUAUCAAUAAAAACUUCCUAUAUCGAUCGAAUAUGUUCGAAAACAUGUCGUGCACGAAAAACUCCUUUCGAACAAUUCGACAAUUUCAAUCGCGAAUUAUCAUCCGAAUCACAUUUUUUACCAUUUUGUUCAAAUCAUACAUUAAAUCAUUCAAUAAAUCAAACAUAUUUAUUCGACAAUAUAACAGAAAACGAAUGUCGACAAAUAUUCAAUCAAUUAAUAAAAUUAGACGAAGAAGCACGAAAAGCUUCCGAACUUUUUGUUACUUAUAUGGAAGCUAUAGAUUCAGCAUCAGACGAAAAUCGUUAUUCAAUCAUCAUUGCCGAUUGUCAACAAGCAUAUCGAACAUGGACUUGUUCAGUAAAUAUUCCAUAUUACCAUCGAAAUCGUCGUAUACCGCCUUGCCAAACGAUCUGUGAUGAAGUCGAGCGUGUUUGUCCCACAUUUAGACCCAGUGAUCGUGAACCAUUAUUUGCUGGACAACCAUUGUUCUUUUGCAAUGGUGGUAUUGUGACAAACAGUAAUUAUGGUCAUCGACCACAUUGUUUUGACACAUGUCAUCUAGGUGAUGGUUCGUCUCAACGUCAUUCCGUCUCGUCAUCAUCAAAUCAAUCGUUAUUGACAAAAAUUGUCAAAGAACAUGUGACUACACCGUUAUGUUUUGAAAUUGAACCGUUAUUAUCUUCUCCAACUGAACAAUCUUUAUUUGUCAAUGAUUCGAUUACUAAUUAUACAAGUAACGAUGAGAUAAUUCAUCAAUGGGGUGCUAAUGAUGGUAUUGAAGAAUCAGUUGGUAUCUCAGGAAAUAAAAUGACUAUUUAUGGGAUACAAUUCAACAAAGCUAAAAUAUGUAAAUCAAAAAUAAUUGAUGUUAUGGUUCUUGGUGGCGAUGUUCGCAUAAAUAAUUUUCUUGAUUCGAAACGAAAACCGUUACCAAUUCGACUAAUUCUUGAAAGAGCUGAAAAUGCUCUUGGUCGAAUAGGAUAUAAUUUACUUUAUAACAAUUGUGAACAUUUUGCUACUGAAUGUCGUUAUGGUCAAGCAACUUCUAAUCAAGUACAAGUCGCUGUUGGAUCUACACUCGGACUUGGACUAAUUCUCACAGGUGCUGCAAUUUUUGGUGCUUAUUUAUUAAGUGAUUCUUCACAUGAUGAAAAAGAAAAGAAGAUAAAAAAAAUUCAAAUAAAAUCAUAA